GGAGAGGUGGCUUUCCUCCGUAGCCUCCUCGUCUCUCAUCGGGGUUUGGCCUCUCUCCACUGCGUCCUUCGUCGUUCUUGGAUCGAAUUGUCGAUUCGGGAGAAAUGGCAGACAAAGAGAAAGACUGUCAAGAGAAUCAUGUUGAUGGAAAUGACUGGGAAGUUGUUUCUCUUUCAGCAUCCAUGAUGGCUUCUGCAGCUGAUCAAAUGGGAUUCGAUCCAUCAAAUGUGAGUAAAGAUAAGGAGUUCAAAAAAAGUGAACCAGAAUCUUCUCCUUUAAUCAUGUCAAGUCACUUCGUAUUUCCACCAAUGGAGUACGAGACUGUUAAACUAAAAGAUAGUAACUGUGAAUUUGGCAAUAGAGUCAUGAAUGAAGAUGUAAUCCCCGGUGAUGAAAAGGGUAACACCACCAAUAAGACUCUUGAAGAAAGCUUUAAGACUAAAUUGGAUGGCAGCCUACAUGGGAUUCAGUUUUCUGAGAAAGACAAGGAUCCUUCGUUUGGUGGCAUAGACAUUGGAGAAGGGAAGGCAACACAAGAAAUGAGCUUGGUUUUGGAAGAAGAGAUGCUGUUAAAUUCUCAUGGAAUUAAUGAUGAUCAUGCUGAAACUGGUAUGAGUGGAUCGUUUCCUUGUAAUGAGCAAGCUGAUGAUUCCAAGCCUAUUAAUCGUUCUUACCAAUCUCCAGAUUCUCCUCUAAGUUAUCCAAAUGCAUCAAGUCAGAUAGCAGAAAAUAAAAAUGACAGGUUUAGCCUUCCAUGUGGAGCAUGGUGGAAGAGGCAUGCAAUAACUUUAUAUAAUCAUGCAAAGGAAGCAAAUACGAUGUGGUCUGUAAUAGUGGUAGCUGCAUUAAUGGGCCUUGCAAUUCUAGGGCAACGGAAACAACAAGAAAAACCUCAGCUUCAGCAACUUCAAUUGCGUCUAAGCACCAAUGGUCAGUGCAUAAACCUGAUGCUGGGACCAAUGAACAAGCUUGAAAGCAUUUUAGCAACUGAUCAUCAACAUGGUUCUGCACUUGGAUCUGCUGCACGCAAUGUUGAUGGCAACCGUUGACAAUGAUGAUGGUGACGACAAAUAUAGGUGGUGUGGUGUGCAUGUAACCGGCAGAAUACAACUGUUUGCAUACUGUAGCUAUUACAUACUACUGGCUUUAGACAUGGUAUGCUAGUGAACUUUGAUAGCAUAAAAUUAAACUUCUGAACUUGUAAAUAAUAUGUCAUGUAAAUAUCUAAGUUCUUGUUAUUAUAAGCUCAUAAAUGCCUGCUUUUCAUCAUGCUAAAGUAAUGUUCUUUUUUCUAUUCCAGCAAA